AUGGAUAUCCAACACUUUUUAUCAACUGACCCCAAGUGGUCAGUUUUCUUUCUCCCACCCAGAUGCUCCCUGAAUUCCUUUAGCCAAAGCUCCAACCUCAUUCAGCACCAGAAGAUUCACAGUGGAGCGAGGCCCUAUAAAUGUAGUGAAUGUGGAAAAUCCUUCAGCUACAAAUGCAAACUUGUGCAGCACCUGCGAAUUCACACUGGAGAAAGGCCUUAUGAGUGUGGGGAAUGUGGGAAAUCCUGUAGCCACAGCUCCACUCUUAAUCAACACCAGAGAAUUCACACUGGAGCCCGACCAUAUAAGUGUGACGAGUGUGAGAAAUCCUUUAGCCAAAAGUCCAACCUCAUUCAGCAUCGGAGAGUACACACAGGAGAAAAGCCUUAUGAGUGUGGGGAAUGUGGGAAGUCCUUUAGUCAAAGCUCCCACAUCAUUCAACACAGAACACUUCACACCAGAUAACCUCAUGAAUGCAGUGACUGGGAGAAAACCAGUUACAGCCAAUGGUCUGUAAUUCAACAGAAGUUCACAGCCUGGAUAAAUUUUAUUUGUGCAGCAAAGUUGGGAAAACCUUCAUCUAAAGGUCUCUGAGACCUACAGGGAACAUGGGUUUUCAGUGUACUAGAACUAGAGUGUCUUUGUGAG